AUGGUGUUCAGAUGUUGCAGAGCCAAGACUUUGCCAUUUCUUUGGAAGAUCGGACCAAGGUCGUUCAGAAAUCGAUGCAGCGUCGAUGCUCUUCCCGAUGUACACCGUCUCAGUCGAAACGGUGCUUCAGAUGACACGGGUAAUGCCGCACGAGCAUCUCAAAGCCAAAGGCAUGGUGGUCGAAUUUCACCUGGGCAUUGGCAAUGCUGCGUUCAUCUCUCACCAGUGGGUGAGCAAUCAACACCCAGAUCCCGACUUCACGCAGUUCCUGGUGUUGCAAGGCGCUUUACGCCGAAUGUUGUCUCAAUCACACCACUUGCCUAUGGACGUGAUGACAGAGGUGUAUCUUCCGAGAAGGAAGGCCUUCGACACAGCGCAGUUCCGACAGGACCGAGCAGCCCCUUGUCCAAGGCUAUUGACAGCCAAUUCACGGUGGCUGAGGAUCGUGUCAAACUCGGGCCCGUCCUGCAGGGCCCCGAGGAUCAUGACAACCACUUGGAGCUGGGAGGCUCCUCGGCAAGAUCCGUGCAGCGUUUCCUUCACCAGAACGGCUUCAGAAGCAUCCACGAGGUGGAUGGCUCCGGAUGGGCUCCCGUCCAUUACGCUGCCAUGCCUGGCGACUCAGAUGUGAUACAUGGCUUGCUGGAGAUGCGCGCCGACAUCGAUCGUUGGACGAAGAAAGAUCAGCCACAGUCAGGUAUGCUGCUGGGAAUGACGCCACUUCAGAUCUGCGGAUUCUUCAGACACUACUCUGUCAUGCGCUUGCUAAUCUCUGCGAAAGCGAGGGUGGACUCCGGGCUCCAUCCUGACAUAUCCGUGCAAUGCCUCUCGGAUGAUCCAGUGGGCGUACGCAUCCUUUGCAAUGCCGGAUGCGCACUUUAUCGGCGGAAUUUUCUGGGAAUGGAUGCUUUUGACACCGCCAGCAGUGUCGGAGCACUGGCAGCACUGGAGGAGCUGGUCACCCAGGCUGGUCCAGAUCUUGCACAUGCGGACCUUUCCAAAGCCCUUUGCAUGGCCGCGGCGUUUCAGGGAGCUCGCGCAGAGCUUAUUCAGAGGUUGCUUGAUCUGAGAGCACCGGUAGAUGCUGUGGCAGAAAGAGUUGCUAUGACGAUCCCGGCACGAGUGCUUCUGAGAGCAAAGGCUCUGCAGCAUAGGUAUGGCAAGGACACUCCGCUCAGCAGGUUUUGCUAUCAUACAGACGGUCAGACACCGCUGAUGGCAGCUAUCAUGUCAGGGCAAUACGAAGGCGCCGCUACUCUAAUCGCUUCUGGAGCACGUGUAGACUUGCGCAAUUCACGGGGAUGGACGGCAGCAGACUUCGCGGCUGGGCAUUUACUGCCAGAUUUCUUGCGGGAGGCCUUGCAGUGCAAGGAUCCACGGACGCCUGUCACAGGGUUGCGGAUGCGGCCCUUGAAAAUGCAAGUCUUGCCGUGUAGAGCUGUGUACAGCCGCCCAGUUGAAACAAAAAUUACAUGGUCAUACAGGGCCCUGCGUUCGUGA